AUGCAGCGCAUUGACGAUCGCCUUGCUCUCCAUGAUUUGAAGCUCUUGUCGAGCGAGGCUCUUCUCUCACGCAGAUACAGACGAUCGAUAACGGAGGGGAUGGACCCUUCCGAGCUGUCAAUUGUUACAGUCCAGCUCUCUGCCUUUGAAGGAAAGCAGCUCCCGUCUCGAUCUGGAUCAUCACAGACGACCACCAUCAGACGUCCUGAUAAGCAUCGCACACGGUUGGGGAUCCCAUACGCUUCUCCUGCACAUCACAACCGGCAACCUUAUGUCCAGUCUAUGGUCGUUAGGAAAUCAAGGAGCUUCGUCCCACUUUCUAAUCCUACAAGCCCAUCUUCCAAAAUCAUGACACCAUCCUCCUCAGGGUCCCCCACACCACUGACACCAUACUCGCAAGAGCCAACCAAAGUCAGGACAGACCAGAUGAGCAGACUCAACAAACCCACUACCCCACUAACGGCCGCGAGUAAUUCCAGCAGCAGCACCAGCAGCGCCAGAAGUGCCAGCAACAGUAGUAGGAACAGCAGCACCAGCACUCAAAAGACAGAACUCUUAAUCACAACCGAAAUGCCAUCCGAACCAUCCACCAUGAAACCCAAUGCGCCGGUACCCACUCCGGAAGGGAACAGACCAGCUUCCCAAAAACAGCCGCGACUAAUGAAGAAUCUCAUCCCACCGCUCACCAAAGUCCAUUUCUCCUGCUACCAAUCCCAUCGUUAUUUCGCAGCCUCAAACAACUCCGUCUAUCCCGUGCCAUGCAUGGCUUGUCUGAAAGAAGACCAAUUGCUUCGCUGGCGAUGCACAUUCUGCUGCCUGCGAAUCUGCCGCGAAUGCAUGCAGACUAUUCAGAAGUGCAAGCGGCGGUCACUCAAAGAGCUUAUGGAAUGUCUCGUGCGCGCCUUAGAAGCUGCUGGAGGUGCAUAA